GGGAGAUCUAAGAGAUUCUUGGAAAUCCAGAAUUUAAGGGAGAACAAGAAAGAAUACAACUUAAAAAAUGCAAUUUCACUACUCAAGCAAAUGGCAAGAACAAAGUUUGUAGAAACAGCAGAAGCUCAUUUCCGCCUUAACAUUGACCCAAAAUACAAUGAUCAACAGCUGAGGGCAACUGUGAAUUUGCCAAGGGAACAGGACAGACUGUUAGAGUGGCUGUUCUUACACAAGCAUAUUUACUUUCAUGAGAGGCUAUCGUACCAAGUUCAUUCCCAUGUUAUGUCCUUUGUUAGUGUUGGGAAAGCCACACAGGGAGGUAGUAGGCCACCAAAUGGAAGGAAUGAGAACUAUGCCUUUGUAUAUUCCUAA